GUCGCGGCGCCUGCGCACGCCCGGGCCUUUUACGGCGCCGUAAAGCAGCUCGGCCGAAUCGGCGGCCGCAGUUCCCGGGCGGCGGCGGCGCCAUGGAGGCGCGCUUCACGCGCGGGAAGUCGGCGCUGCUGGAGCGCGCGCUGGCCCGGCCGCGCACGGAGGUGAGCCUGAGCGCCUUCGCGCUGCUCUUCUCCGAGCUGGUGCAGCACUGCCAGAGCCGCGUCUUCUCCGUGGCGGAGCUGCAGGCGCGCCUGGCCGCGCUGGGCCGCCAGGUGGGCGCCCGCGUUCUGGAUGCGCUGGUGGCUCGAGAAAAGGGUGCCCGGCGUGAAACCAAGGUGCUGGGCGCCCUGCUCUUCGUUAAGGGCGCCGUGUGGAAGGCGCUCUUCGGCAAGGAGGCCGACAAGCUGGAGCAGGCCAACGACGACGCGCGCACCUUCUACAUCAUCGAGCGGGAGCCGCUCAUCAACACCUACAUCUCCGUGCCCAAGGAGAACAGCACGCUCAACUGCGCCAGCUUCACGGCGGGCAUCGUGGAGGCGGUGCUCACGCACAGUGGUUUCCCCGCCAAGGUCACGGCCCACUGGCACAAGGGCACCACGCUCAUGAUCAAGUUCGAGGAGGCGGUCAUCGCCCGAGACCGGGCCCUGGAGGGCCGCUGAUCCCACGCAGAUAAAGGAUGCAGAUUGCUCCCUUC